CUUUUACACAUACAAGUUUGUGUAUGGAUUCUGGUAACCUCUUCUGUUGUUUUUCCACAACAUAACCCUCCAACAAAUUUUGAAAAAAAGCUGCUUUUAAGCAAAGACAACCAUAUAUAGCAAAAAUGGGUGUUGCAGAAAAGAUUCAAGAAAUUGAGGCGGAAAUGCGCCGGACUCAAAAAAACAAGUCGACUGAAUAUCACUUGGGACUUCUAAAGGGAAAACUUGCAAGACUUCGUACUCAGUUACUUGAGCCUACCUCAAAACCAGGACCAAAAGGUGAAGGAUUUGACGUUGCAAAAAGCGGCGAUGCUAGAGUUGCUUUUAUUGGAUUUCCUUCGGUUGGUAAAUCCACUCUUCUUUCUGCAAUUACAAAGACCAGAUCUGCUACUGCCAAUUAUGAGUUUACGACGUUAACGGCCAUCCCCGGUGUUUUAGAAUAUGACGGCGCUGAAAUUCAAAUGCUAGAUCUUCCUGGUAUCAUUGAAGGAGCUUCUCAAGGAAGAGGUGGUCGCCAAGCAGUCUCUGCCGCAAGAACAGCUGACUUGAUUCUUGUGGUUUUGGAUGCCACGAAAGCUGCAGACCAACGUGAAAAAAUCGAGUACGAACUUGAGCAGGUUGGUGUUCGACUCAACAAAAAGAGACCCGACGUUACCAUUAAUUUUAAAAAGAACGGUGGCGUCAAAUUUAAUCAUACCGUUCCUUUGACCCAUAUGGACUAUAAAAUGGCUUACAACAUUCUUCAUGAAUACAAGCUUCACAACGCGGAUAUCCUGAUUCGUGAAGAUAUAACUGUCGAUGACUUUAUUGAUGUAGUGAUGGGGAACCGGAGGUACGUAAAUUGUCUCUAUUGCUAUAGCAAGAUUGAUGCUGUCUCUUUGGAAGAGGUUGAUAGACUAGCCCGUUUGCCCAAGUCUGUUGUAAUUAGCUGUAACUUGAAUCUGAAUUUAGAUUUUCUGAAGCAAAGAAUUUGGGAAGAACUCAAUCUUUACAGAGUUUAUACCAAACGGAAAGGUGAAGCUCCUGACUUCAGUGAAGCAUUGAUUGUUCGUAAAGGCUCAAAUAUAAACGAGGUUUGCAACCGAAUUCACAGAAGCUUGGCCGAGCAACUCAAAUAUGCUUUGGUUUGGGGAAGCUCUGCAAAACAUAGUCCUCAAUUGGUUGGUCUCAAUCAUUUAGUGCAUGAAGGAGACGUGGUGACGAUUGUUACAAAGUAAUAGAGAUGGUAUAUAUAUCUGUGUACCAUAGAAAAAGAUUCAAAGAGAUUUUUGCAAGCUUUGGUAUUGCUUUUACUACAUAAACGUAUAGAUACAUAAUUAUUUUGAUUAGCUUUUUAAUAUGAUGGUGAAAAGGAAGUUCUAGAUUUUCAGACACAUGUUCUAUAUGACCU